UAAUCUCUCUUACCAAUUUUACCGUUAUGGCAACGUAACAACCCAUCAGCUGAAGACUGUGGAAGACCGAAGACCAGAACUCCGGAAAAUAGAAAAACAUUAACAAAAUGUUGCGCUUACCAUUUUUGCGCUCAAUCCCCCAAGUCACCAGAGUAGCUUCUCUGGGUGCUCGAACUAAUUCAACAGGAGCACCAGAGAAAGUGGAAGUCUUCAUUGAUGGCCAGCCAGUUCUAGUGGACCCAGGAACUACAGUGUUGCAGGCUGCUGCCAUGGUUGGAGUUGAAAUCCCAAGAUUUUGCUAUCAUGAGAGGCUCUCUGUAGCAGGCAACUGCAGAAUGUGUUUGGUUGAAGUUGAAAAAUCUGCCAAACCCGUUGCUGCUUGCGCAAUGCCCGUGAUGAAGGGCUGGCGAAUCAAAACAAAUUCUGAUCUAACCCGUAAAGCCCGAGAAGGUGUUAUGGAAUUUCUCUUGGUAAACCAUCCAUUAGAUUGUCCCAUUUGCGAUCAAGGAGGUGAAUGCGAUCUUCAGGACCAGUCUAUGGCUUUCGGCAGCGAUCGCAGUCGCUUUACGGAUAUCGCCUUUAGUGGAAAACGAGCUGUUGAAGAUAAAAAUGUUGGACCUCUCAUCAAAACCAUCAUGACGAGGUGUAUUCAUUGCACACGCUGCAUUCGUUUCGCCUCUGAGGUAGCUGGUGUCGACGAUCUUGGUACUACCGGGCGUGGUGGAGACAUGCAGGUGGGAACAUAUGUAGAGAAAAUGUUCUUGUCAGAACUCAGUGGCAACGUCAUCGACCUGUGCCCGGUUGGUGCACUAACAUCUAAGCCAUACGCCUUUAUGGCUCGUCCAUGGGAGACCCGUAAAACUGAUUCCAUUGAUGUUAUGGACGCAGUUGGAUCGAAUAUCUUUGUGACUCACCGAACGGGUGAAGUCCUUCGAGUAUUGCCUCGUACUCAUGAAGACAUUAACGAGGAAUGGCUUUCAGACAAGAGUCGUUUCGCUUGUGAUGGUCUUAAACGACAACGAUUGGUUUCCCCCAUGGUACGUGAUAGUAGUGGCAAAUUGGUUAUGGUUGAAUGGGAAGAUGCUCUUGUUGCUGUUGCCAGAGCACUUCAGUCUGCCAAAGGAGAUGAAUUGGCUGCCAUUGUUGGUGGAUUUGCGGAUGCCGAAGCCCUUGUUGCUCUUAAAGACAUGCUAAAUCAACUUGGCUCCGAAUCCCUCUGCACCGAAGAAGUAUUUCCAAUGGAUGGCGCUGGAACUGAUCUGCGAUCAAACUAUCUUCUGAAUUCGACCAUUGCUGGUGUCGAGGAAGCGGACGUUGUACUCUUGAUUGGUACCAAUACACGAUUCGAAGCGCCACUUUUCAACGCUCGUCUCCGCAAAUCCUGGAUCAAUAAUGACCUUCGUGUUGCGACUGUCGGCCCAGAUGUUGACUUGACUUACGAAACGGAGAAUCUGGGAGACUCGAUGCAAGUACUCCAGGAUUUGGCAGAGGGUCGUCACGCCUUCUCCAAGGUCUUGAACGGUGCUAAACGUCCCAUAAUCGUAGUGGGUUCGGGAGCUCUGCAGAGAGAGGAUGGCGCAACUGUUUUACAAUUGACUCAAAGAAUAGCACAGAAUGCCCGUGUGGCCGCUAACGUUGGUCACGACUGGCGCGUGCUUAACGUCCUCCAACGUGUUGCAUCCCAAGUUGCCGCUUUAGAUUUGGGAUACAAAGCCGGUAUCGAAGCUAUUCGCGCGAAUCCGCCAAAGGUUCUUUUCCUACUGGGAGCUGAUGAAGGCGUCAUUAGUCGUGAGGACUUGCCCAAGGAUUGCUUUGUUAUUUACCAAGGACAUCAUGGUGAUCGUGGAGCUUCAAUGGCUGAUGCUGUGCUCCCUGGAGCUGCCUAUACAGAGAAACAGGCGACUUACGUCAAUAUGGAGGGUAGAGCGCAACAGACGUACACGGCGAUAACACCCCCUGGCUUGGCUCGAGAAGAUUGGAAGAUUCUGCGUGCGUUGGGCGAGGUUGUCGGAGUAAAACUACCUUACGAUACACUUACGCAACUUCGCGCACGACUAACUGAAGUUUCUCCCAAUUUGACCCGCUACGGAGACGUUGAAUCGGCUAACUACUUCGCUCAAGCCGUUGAAUUAGCCAAGCUGGUUAAAGCCCAACCUAAUAGUGCACCACUGGAUGUUAGACAAAAGACGCUCGAAGAUUUCUAUAUCACAGACUCCAUCAGCCGAGCAUCCCCUACUAUGGCGAAAUGCGUUCAAGCAGUGAAGAAGCAACGACAAUCUAAAUAUUGAUUAUCGAGUGCUCUUCACUUCCUUUAAAAAUCCAACAAAUUGUACAUGUAUAGGAAUGCUGCUGCCCUUGCGUAGGCCAAUGUUGAUGAGAAGCAUCAUGUUGAGUAGGAAACAAUACACGAUGUUAAAUAUA